AUGUAAAAACUAUUCUUGAUUGGAUUGAUAACUCUAAUUAAAGUUUAGACGAAAUCAGUAAUGAAAGGUGUUAUUGAAUUUACAGCACCAAGUUGUUGUGAUCCUAUAAUGAAGAAGAUAACAUUUCCAGACAAAUUUAUUGACAUUCCUUAAAUAUUAGUAACGAUUAGAGCCAUAGAAUAUGAUUCAGGACCAGUUGGAUUUUUUUGUUAAAUAUAAGAUGUAACUGAAUAAGGUAAUAAAAGAGAUUAUAUAUAGAUUUUACAUUUUAAUUAACAAUUCUACAUGCCACAUUAAAAGUUUUAGCUUAUGAUUAUAUUGCAAUAAAUUAAGAUGAAGUAGAAUUUGGAUAUUUUAAUGUUGAUGCCCUUUCAAUUUUGAAAAAAGCAGAAGCUGGAGAUAGAGUUAUUCCAUCUUUAUUAACAUUUAAAAGAACAUUUACAGAGGAUCCAAUUGUUUAAGUAUUUUUAGUUGGAGUAGAAUCAUAAUCAAAACUAAUAUAAUUUGAAGUAUCUCCAUUAACAGUUUCAUUGCAUGGUGUUUAAUUAAAUUUUAAAAAGUUUGGAGAUACUAGCGUUUAAAAAGUUUAAUUAGCAUAUGUAGCUACAUAAUCUAGCAAAGAAUUAGCAUAAUAAGUUACACAUACUGGUUAGAAACAAGCACAUAUUGAACCUGUUGAUCAUCAUGAAGAAUCUAAAUCAGAAGAAACAAAAGAAUUUUUAUAAAUGAAAAGCAAACCUAAACUUAUAUAAAUAAAUGGUAUCAAUGGUUUAAGAUUUACAUAAUUACCAGUCUCAUUUAUGUGGUAAGGAGAUUAAAUUGAUCCAACUGCUCUUAAUGUCAAUCUUAGAAUCACUUUAGAUAAAGGAAAUUAAGCAGUUCUAGGUUUAUAUUAUUUUGAAGAGAAAGAAUACAAAAAAUGUCCUAUUGUUUAUUCAAUGUGCAAUUAUUAAGGAACUAAAGUAUAUUUAUGUAAGGAUGUAUCAGAUUUUAAUGCUAUAAUGAGAUUAGCAAAAAGUAUUUAUAUUCCAGAAAAAACAUCUGUUGUUGUAUAUCAAGAUCCAUCCUAUAGUGGAGCUAAAAGUAAAAUAACUAAAAGUAUACCUUGUAUACCUGACUGGUUUACUGAUGUUGCUGAAACAGAAAUGUCUGAGAUUAAAUAGUUUCUAUAAAUUAACUAAAUGAAAAGACAUAAAGAUUAAGAAUUUAAAGAAAUUCAUUUAGAAAAUUAAAAACAAUUAAACAAAUUUAAUAUGGUUUAAUUACCUCGUUGGAAUGAAGUAACAGAUAAAAUUGAAGUUGUUUAAGCUAUUUAUGAUUCUAGUAGUCCUCCUGCAAAUUCUAUUAAGUAAGAACUAAGUAAUAUUUUACUUUUAAUUUGUUUUAGUCUAAAAAUUAAGUGAAGAAGAAGAAACUUUUCUCAAAAAAAAUAGACAAAUUUAUUGA